GCAACAGGUCUUCAUUUGUGGUUCUGAUACCGGCACGACGCGAUUGGCGCCACUACACAGUCAUACUACAACAAGCUAAUAGCUUUAUACAGCAGCAAACGGAACGUCGGUUACAAAAAAUAGUUGAAACCAGAGCAUGCAAAAUUUGAGAUAAAAAAAAGUCAAUCGCGCGGUUUGCAGUCUAUCGUGAAAAAAGAAAUCUAUCACAAGUGAUACCAUAGUGGGACAUUAAUUACUGGAUAUUGGUGGAAUAAAAAAAAUAGAGGAAAGGUUUUGAAUGAAAUUAGUGAAAAAAGCAAAGACUGAUAGUGCACAAAAAACUGAACAGUGAAAAGUGAAGCAAAUUUAAACAAAAAUUCGUUUGAUUCGCCGGAGACGCUGUACUAAAAUAACAAACUUCAGAAUGAUCACUCAUUGGAGUUUCCUACUCGGACUGGGACUGCUAGUGAUGACACCGGCGCUGGCCCGUCCGGAUCCUUAUCAGUCCGAACUGAACCCGAAAGCGGAUAUUCCCAGCGAGAUUCUGUACAAUGAUUUGGUAGAUGAAAUGCAAAAACUCCACAAUAAGGAAGACAACUACCUGCAAUACUUGGCAGCGAAGGCAAUCCGACAGCAGCGGGAGGAAGACCUCCUACAGCAGAAACAACAGGAGCUGCAACAGCAGCUUAUGCUUCAACAAUCACCUGCUGCAGUAGCAGCGGUAGAGGAAGCCGAAUCCUCAAACCUAGAUGAAGUGCCGGCUGAAAGUCCCAUCAAAACGCUUAACCGGCUGCAUACCACACCGAAGCUUCUUUCAUACCCGAAGGCUAGGGACGAGAAAAAGAGCAAUAUACACUAUAUGUCACUAUGUCACUUUAAACUGUGCAAUAUGGGACGCAAACGCAACACAAGAUUUUUGCAUUUCUGGAAGUAAACUAAUUUGAACUAAGAGGACAAAGAUACUCUGAUAACGAUACUCUAAAAAAAAACCUCCGCCCCAACUCCCGUUCCCCUUUCCGAACCAGUGAAACCCAACCCCGCAGGUCCCGUUUGGGACUUCAACUACCUGGUAUAGAAAUCUCCGCAGACUCGCACUCAGUACUUUUAUCUACUCGCAACACACUCACUAAAAAUUUCCACAGGAACGCAAGAGCUUCUACGCUCCCAUGGUUUAGUCACAAUUGUAUUAGUAAAAUGUCUACUUUAGUUCAAUGGACGAAAAGUAUUGAAUUUUUUAAAUACUUGUUUUACUUAAAAGGCUAAGUUUAAUUGAAAACAAAAAAACAUCUCGCAUCACGCACUCUCUCAUUCGAAUGUAGUCCCCCCGAGGCGACCAAAAUGGUCGCACCUUCGGUGGUAAUAUUGUAUUAUUAGUAUUAAGAAUCACCGAUGAUGAAGAAGGAAAAUCUAACCUAAUAUUGGCUCAAGACUAAACUGCAUAAACUGAGAUAUUUUUGACUCCCCAUAAUUAUUCCAAGCUCAAUAAUAAUGUUACUUAUGAAUAGCCAAAAUAAAUUAUAAAAAGAAAACAUGAAUGACUGUCAGCUACUUACUGUUGGAAAUAGUCACAUUUGAAGGAAACAAAACUAAAGAAACUGUCAACGUUGUUUUGAUCAAUCAAGAAAAAAACUGAUGUAGAUGUGUAAAUAAGCCUACGUAGCUGUGAUUGCGCCACAAGCAAACGUGAAUUGUUGUUAUCAUUAUUAUCAUGAUCAUCGUUGAUCGUUGAAAGCUUUGGGCUUCUGCGUCCAGCAGAGAUUUGAACGGUUUGAGAAUCGUGCUAGCAUCGCUUCGGCAAGGCAACCUAUUUAUUUGACGAAUGAAUGAACAUAAUGUUAAAAAACUGAAAUAAAAUAAAUAUAAUAAAUUAUUACCACGUGGAUUGCACACACACAUUUCAAGCAAGCAAACGAUCACCGA